UCUUCGUCUCGUAACGAGUGGUUCAAAAAUAGCUCACUCCGGAUCAUGGAAUCAAGCAGUCAAGAAAUCAGCGUUCAAGAUGAGGCUGUGGAUAAAAGCCAUUUCAAGACAUGCAAGCAAAUUGCCUUUUACAGGCGUCAGAAACGUUUAUGUCCUGGGAAGUCCCCGUACCAAGCCUUACUACAAACUGUGGAACUAUUCAACAGCAAUGUCAAAUUCCAAAUUUUUAAUGAAGAUAGCAAGGUAACUCUUUCAGUAGAAAUUUAUGAAAUAGAGGGUAAUAUUUUCAGACUUAAAAUAAAUGAGGUAAAUCCACUCAAGCCAAGAUACGAAGUCCCUGAUGUUCUCAUAAAGGAACCAGCUAGCUUGAGGCUGAAGGUAUCAGAGAAAGAUGGAGACAAACUUGUGCUGAUAGGUGCUGAGCAAGACCAGCAGAUUCAUAUAAUGGCAAAACCUUUUCAAAUACAGCUUAUUUCUAAGGAUGAAAUUUUAUUGAGCAUGAAUUCCAAUGGCCUGUUGUAUUUGGAACACCUACAGUCACCACCUCAAAGCAGGAAAUCUACUUCACAAGAAAAGGAAAGUGGAUUGGCAGACUCUUCUAAGGAAACUGAAGAAUAUUUAGGUCUAUGGGAAGAAAAAAUUGGCAACUUUUUAGAUAUUAAAGCUAAUGGUCCUAGCAGUGUUGGCUUAGAUGUUUCUUUGCAUGGAUUUGAACAUCUUUAUGGAAUACCUCAGCAUGCAGAAACCCUCCUCUUGAAAAAUACCAGUGAUGAUGAUGUCUACCGGCUUUAUAAUCUGGAUGUCUUCGGGUACACCAUCCACAGCAAAAUGGGCAUUUAUGGUUCAGUGCCCUUAAUCUUAGCCCAUAAGCCUGAUCAGACAAUUGGAGUCUUUUGGCUAAAUUCCUCAGAAACGUUGGUGGAGAUUUCUACAAAAGCUUCAAUGAAGGUUUUACCUUCCCAAACUCCAGAUAUGUCCAAGCAGAGAGUAGUGCCUCAAACUGAUGUGCACUGGAUGUCAGAAAGUGGAAUCAUUGACAUGUUCAUCUUAAAGGGACCCAGUCCUUUUGAUAUUUUUAAGCAGUAUGGACAGCUAACAGGCACUCAGGCUCUGCCUCCCCUCUUCUCUCUUGGGUACCAUCAAUGCCGCUGGAAUUAUGAAGAUGAGGAUGAUGUAGAAAAAGUGGAUGCAGGUUUUGAUACCUUUGACAUCCCCUAUGACGUCAUAUGGCUAGACAUUGAGCACACUGAUGGCAAAAGGUACUUCACUUGGGACAAGAAGAGAUUUCCCAAUCCUGAGAAGAUGCAGAAGCAGAUACUUAUGAAGAAAAAACGCAAGCUGGUUGUCAUUGUGGACCCACAUCUUAAGGUUGAUCCUCUUUACACUAUCUACUCACAAGCAAAAGCGAAAGGAUUCUUCAUAAAAGAUCGUAAUGGUGAAGAUUUUGAGGGCCUCUGCUGGCCAGGUCUGUCAUCAUACCUGGAUUUUACCAAUCCUGAAGUCCGACAAUGGUAUGCAGAUCAAUUUGACUUCAAAACAUACAAGAGUUCUUCUGAAAUUGUUUUUAUCUGGAAUGAUAUGAAUGAACCUUCAGUCUUCAAAGGGAUAGAACAAAGCAUGUCAAAAGACGCUAUACAUUAUGGCAAAUGGGAACAUCGAGAUGUUCAUAAUCUCUAUGGCUUUUACCAGCAAAUGGCAACCGCAGAAGGGCUGGUGAAACGAACUGGAGGACUGGAGAGACCCUUUGUUCUUACCCGCUCUUUCUUUGCUGGAUCGCAGAAGUAUGGUGCAGUUUGGACUGGAGACAAUACAGCAGAUUGGAGUUACUUGAAAAUCUCCAUUCCAAUGUUGCUGACAAUCAGCAUUGCCGGAAUUUCUUUCUGUGGAGCGGAUGUAGGUGGAUUUAUUGGAAAUCCAGAACCAGAACUAUUGGUUCGAUGGUAUCAGGCUGGGGCUUUGCAGCCUUUUUUCCGCGGCCAUGCCAGUAUAGAUACCAAACGUCGUGAACCCUGGCUAUUUGGGGAGAACAACACAAAGAUGAUCAGGGAAGCUAUUAAGGAGCGCUAUUCCCUGCUUCCUUACCUUUAUACACUGUUCUAUCAGGCACACAGCAUGGCUGAACCAGUUAUGAGGCCUCUCUGGGUGGACUUUCCAAAGCAGUUAGAAACUUUUGGCCUUGAAGAUGAGUACAUGCUUGGAAGUGCAUUAUUGGUACAUCCAAUCACUGCUCCAAAAAUCAGUACAGUCAAUGUCUUUCUGCCAGGCCCACAAGAGAAUAAUCUUGGAGAUAUAAAGAAUUGUGAUUCCUCAGAAAAUGCUUUCCUUGAUACUCGAAUAAGGUAUUAACUAUGGCAAUCAUUAUAAUGCCUUAUACCCACCAUCAGUAUUGAAUUCGAAAAGCUUUUGACAAGACCACUUUGUUUCUGGGCCCAGUUCAACAUAAGGCUUUGAUUCUUUGAAGCCCUUUAGAGCUUGAACCGGCUCAUUCCAGGAAACACCUCUCACUUACUAAAAGAGAAAGCAACAUAAAAGUUCAGAUUCUUUUUCGUGGUUACUUUUCAGGAUAGGAAAUUUUUUGCACUCCAGACAUCGCUGGAUUUCAACUUCCAAAAUCUCUGGGAGCUCAACCAGACAGCAGCAAUAAUAUGCUUUUCCUCCUCUAUUUGAAACGGAUGGAAAAUAUACUAAUAUGAAAACUGCUUUCUAUGCAGCUUACUUUUAUCAUAUUUUGCCAAUAAAACUAGUAGCCUCAUUUCCAGGGGUGAAAUCCAGCAGGUUCUGACAGGUUCUGGAGAACCGAUAGUGGAAAUUUUGAGCAGUUCAGAGAACCGGUAGCGGAAAUUUUGAGUAGUUUGGAGAACCAGCAAAUACUACUUCUGCCUGGCCCCAGAGUGAGGUGGGAAUGGGGAUUUUGCAGUAUCCUUCCCUUGGAGUGGGGUGGGAAUGAAGACUUUGCAGUAUCCUUCCUCUGCCACGCCCAGAGCCACAGAAUCAGUAGUAAAAAAAUUUGGAUUUCAUCACUGCUCCCUAACAGAAAGGAGCAAAGGUUAUUCAUAAGGCAGUAAUUUUCUCUUCCUCUUCAAAAAGCAUCCCUUUUGUACUUCAGAAAGUACCUCUACUGUACUAGCUAACUCUAAAUCAGGAUAAGUGGCUGAUACUUCAGGGUAGGGUUAGGAAGACUAGUGUUUUUAUUUUCUGGAUUCCCAUUUCUGGCCAAUUGGUUAAAUUGUUGAGUGGGAGUUUUGAGCUGAAUAAAUGUAUAUCAGUUUUUGAGAAAAAUAAAAAAGGGUGGAUUCAUUGAUUCUGGUUGUUUUAGUGAAAACUUACUACUCUCAACUUAAUGCUAUUUUUAUGUGUUGCUUGCUACUUCUAAAUUGUUUAAGAUUUAUGCAUUAUUUAUUGAUUUGUUUUUCUAUAAGGGUUCAUAUGGGAUUUCUGUAUCUAAAAUGUAAUUCCUGCUCAUUUGUUUUCCUUU